AAUGAAUAACACAUAACCGCAGACUUCAGAAAUCGCAUAAAUUCGCCAGUAACGUAAUCAAAAUAAUCCUCGAAUAAAAGAUCUAAAUUAAUCGGAGUGAAAAUGUCGGGGGUCCAACCGCACCGUACGGUAACGCCGUUGCUCGAUGCGUUUCGCACUAUAUUGCGCGGUACCAAGCUCAGGUCCAACCCGUUGCGCUUCGCGGACGAGUGUGCAUCUCGUACGCAACCCCAGCCCGACUUACCUGGAGGCCCGUACGACAAGACCACGGGAAUAUAUUACUAUCAGAGGGAUGGACGCCGAGAGGUGCAGCCACCACUAGUCAUCGCCAGCGGUGGAAAAGUAUUGCUGUCUCCUCCGCCUGAAAAACCCAAGCAAAUUACUCCAGGCAGAGUGUACAAUCCAGAGUGAAAUUGUCAUUUAAAAUUUGUACUGUUUCACUCGAAAUUAAUUUGAUCAAAUCUAAGUUUUAGAUGUUAUUGAAUCAAACCGAUUAUAAAAUAAAUUUGUAAAUGUUGUUAAUAGCAAUAAAAAUUAGUUUAAACUAAA